GACUGCUUUGCAAGCAGUAGGUAAUGAGUCUUUGUGCCGACUGGAGCUCUUGCCGGUGAACAAUAAAGCAUAUGUUCCCUGCAAAAAAACACUGAGCUGGAAAAUUUUAAGAAUGUUUCAUUCACAAGGACGACAACCAACCAGCAUGGCAAUGCUGUGUUUUAAAAACCAGUGAUCAGCAUUAAUCGGAUUGUCAUUAGAAUUGCUGCAUAUCAAGCUUAUGGAUUGGCAAACAUCAUAUUGAGCAGGUAUAUGCAACAACAUUGCAACUAUGAGCGGAAUUUUAAAGAGAAAAUUUGAAGAAGUAGAAGGCUCUUCACCUUGUUCUUCUAUACAGGAAUCUGAUGAUGACGUUUCCAGCAGUGAGAGUGCAGACAGUAGCGACAGUGUCAAUCCAUCUAGCUCAAAUCACUUCACACCAUCAUCCAUUCUAAAACGAGAGAAACGACUUAGAGCCAAAAAUGUCCGAUUCAACUGUGUCACAGUGUAUUAUUUCACAAGGAGACAAGGAUUUACAAGCGUGCCGAGCCAAGGAGGAAGCACAUUGGGGAUGUCCAGCCGUCACAACAGUGUUCGCCAGUACACCCUUGGGGAGUUUGCCUUAGAACAAGAUAGGUUACAUAAAGAUAUGCUGAGAGAUCACCUGAGAGAAGAGAAACUCAACUCCCUCAAACAAAAGAUAACCAAAAAUGGCACGGUGGAAUCUGAAGAAGCCAGUAUUUUAACCCUAGAUGAUAUUUCUGAUGAUGAUAUCGAUUUAGACAACACUGAGGUAGACGAAUAUUUCUUCCUGCAACCUCUGCCAACAAAGAAACGGCGAGCACUGCUCCGAGCAUCUGGAGUUAAAAAGAUUGAUGUGGAAGAGAAACAUGAGCUGAGAGCCAUCCGUCUAUCGAGGGAAGACUGUGGUUGCGACUGCACAAUAUUUUGUGAUCCAGAAACAUGCACUUGCAGCCUAGCAGGCAUAAAAUGUCAGGUUGAUCGUAUGUCGUUCCCGUGUGGGUGUUCCAAGGAAGGAUGCAGCAAUACAGCUGGUAGAAUUGAGUUUAAUCCUAUCCGUGUAAGGACACACUUUUUGCACACAAUCAUGAAGCUGGAGCUAGAGAAAAACAGAGAGCAGCAGGCAACUCUUGGAAAUGGUUGCCACAGUGAUGUCAACUCACUUGCCAGUGCUCUAGCCCAAAAUGGCCACUCCGUAGAGUUUGCUGAGAAUUUUGAAAUAGAAACUGAAUCUCAGUCAGCUUUAAUGCACUUUCAGUCUUCUGAACAUCUAGACUGCAAUGGUGAUGAUGAAGAGGAAGAUGAUGGCAGCAGUUACUGUAGUGGGGUUACUGACUCCAGUACACAAAGUUUAGCACCUAGUGAAUCAGAUGAUGACGAUGAUGAAGAUGAUGAGGAUGAUGGAGACAAAUCAGACGACUUUAGUGAAGUAAUUUCACCUCAUGAUGACAAUAUUACCGGACAUUCAGUCCUUUGCUAUUCCAAUGGCAACACAAUGCAUGACACCCACCUGAAAAAUGCUUCCUAUUACUCUAACUCAUCAGCCCUGUAUUAUCAAAUAGAGAAUCACAACUCUGGCACCACAAACCAAAUAUCUGAGCCAUAUCCAGAUAGGAGCUCUGCGAAAAAUGGCACACUUAAUUUGGCUCCUUACAACAUGAGAACAGAGCAGUUCACUGACUACACAAGACCACAUGAAGAAGGCUUCUCCAGCUGCCAAUAUCCUACAACAAACCAAUCUGUCAUAGUGUGCUGUGCUGCUUCAGAAAAUGAAAAAAACUCAUCUUGCCACAAUUUAUACCCUGAGCUAAGGUCAAACCUCCCUCAAGUAGAAUUUCACUCAUACUUAAAAAGUUCCUCUUCUGAUGGAUUUGUUCCUAAUUUAAAUGGAUCUAGCCAUCAUUCACCUGAACUGCUUAAUGAUAAUCCUGUAAACCUAUCAGAAACAAGUAAACUUCAUGAUGAUUGCAUAAAAUCCCCUGUAGUGGAAACAGUACCUGUUUAGAUAACAAUGUCCCACUACUUUUCCUUCUUCUCCAACUGUAAUUGAACUCAAUCAAUCUCAAACAAUCAAAAAUAUUUUUAACCAAACUCAGCUGAUCUACAAUUUUUUUGCUGUCUAGUAGAAAUUGGUUAAACAUAACUCUUUAGUUGUCUAAGCUAGACAAUGCACACAAAUCUGUUUCUCUAGCAAUGUAAACUACUGAAACUAUGUUGAUUUAUUAGCAAGCAUUGGUUUGAAUAUGUUAAUCUUUCUAUAUGUCUCUAAGUAGCCUUGUAUCAAAGUAUGUGAAUACUGAGAAACCAGCUCAAUGAAAUUCUAAUAUAUUUGAGAAAAAUGGGCUCUGUACAAAAUUAUCAUAUGAUUUUUUCAAUACAGAAAAACCUAAAUACUGGAUUUAUUGAAGAAAGAAAAAAAAAUCGAUAUCAUUUAGUGAAACAAUAUUUCUUCAUUAUUUAUGUGAUUUAUUUAUGGAAUUUAUGUGUAUUAUGCAGUGUUUGUUUUUAUACAAAUGGACAGCAUGUUCAUUGUGGGGUGGGUCGGGUGGUUGAGGAUUCCUAGAUUGUUAGAGCAUGUCUGCAAAAAUAAUAAAAACUGUAGCAUUUUACUAAGACAUAUCAUAAAAGACUGUGCAAAUUGCAUUGACUUUUUUUGUUGGACAUGAAGUCCAUUAGAACCAAAUAAUGCUUCUUAAACCACAAGUGAUGUUAUUUUUAUGGCGAUACUGUGAUAUUGUUCUGCAGAUUGUUGCUAUUAGUCCUGAAACAUUUCACUGCCUUUUGAUUUUAAUGGUUCCAAGUUUGCCAUCAGAAUUCUCAGGCUCUGAAUAUAAGUCCUCCAUAGAUUGUCCAAAACCAAUACUUUUGGUAGCUAUUGCUUUUGAACCAAACUAAACAGCGGUUCAAUGAUUUGAUCAUUAAAUAGUGACAGCAUUAACUGAUUUUUUUGUGAACCUGAUAAUACAAGUAGAAAGAUUUUCUUAUCAGUAGGGGUUAUUUACUAAAUUCUGAAUGCAAAAAUCAUGUAAAAUUCAUUAUAAAAUCUGACUUUUAAAAAACGUA